ACAGAGGCGUCCUCACCUCCACACUUUGCUCCCUCCUCACUGCUCCUCACUGCUCCUCACUGCCCCGCUCGCCUCCUGGCUCCUCCCCGCGCUCGUUAAAUGUCAGCUCGGCUCCUCAGUCAGCCGCAGAGGACGGCAGUCAUGACUGUGGAGCGGUGAGCAGCACCUCCACCACCAUCCUCCCCAUCAACGUCCCGGCAGCGAGCUAACGUCUGAGUGCGUUGUCUCCUCUCCGGCUCCCUCAUCCUCCAAGGAGCCGACAUGAAGACCAUUCUGGCUGCGUACUCAGGCGUCCUCAAAGGGACCGGCUCCAGUAUCCUCUCUGCCCUGCAGGACCUGCCAGUGGCGUUCUGGCCCUGCAGAUCCAAGAUGGAAAAACAUCUGCAGGUCCUCUCUGUGCUGCAGUGGGUCAUCAGCUUCCUAGCCAUGGGUGCUGCCUGCACUUUGCUGUUGAUCUACACGUUCUGCACUGAUUGCUGGCUCAUCGCUGCCAUUUACACGGCCUGGCUCAUCUUUGACUGGAACACCCCAAAGCAAGGUGGAAGGAGAUCGUCCUGGGUGAGGAGCUGGACAGUGUGGACGUAUUUCCGAGACUACUUCCCAAUCAGGCUCAUUAAAACCCACAACCUGCUGCCCAGCCGGAACUACAUAUUUGGCUACCACCCUCACGGCAUCCUGUGUUUCGGCGCUUUCUGCAACUUUGGGACUGAGGCCACCGGCUUCUCCAAGAAAUUCCCGGGCAUCAAGCCCUCCCUGGCGACGCUGGCGGGAAAUUUCCGCAUGCCUGUGCUUCGGGACUACCUGAUGUCUGGAGGUAUCUGUCCAGUGAACAGGAACUCCAUCGACUACCUGCUGUCGCAUAGCGGGACAGGAAACGCUGUGAUCAUCGUUGUCGGAGGUGCAGCGGAGUCUCUGCACUGUACACAGGGAAUGAACAUUGUCCACCUGAAGAAACGUAAAGGCUUCGUGAGGCUGGCCCUGCAGAAAGGGUCUGACCUGGUUCCAGUCUACUCCUUCGGAGAGAACGACGCCUACAAGCAGGUGAUCUUUGAGGAGGGAACCUACUGGAGAUAUCUCCAGAAGAAACUACAGAAGAUCAUAGGCUUUGCCCCGUGUCUUUUCCAUGGAUGUGGCCUCUUCUUUGGAAACUCCUGGGGCAUCGUGCCUUUUUGCAACCCGAUCACCACCAUCGUUGGGGAGCCGAUCACAGUGCCAAAAAUUGAGGAGCCAACUGAAGAGAUGGUGGAUCUCUACCAUGCAAUGUACAUCCAGUCUCUCCAGUGCCUUUUCGACAAGUACAAGACCCGCUUUGGCCUGAAAGAGAGUGAUGUCCUGUACAUCCAAUGAAAGGAUGGAGUGAGAGGAGGGGGUGGGGGUUUUCCUGUUGAAGCUCUGAACUUUUGCCGCAUCAUCAGACCCCUCUGCUCCCUUCCCCUGAACCUGCCCGUGGUGCUCGGGUUGGAUCGUCUCUGGACUGCUAACUCUACACACGAGCAUGUUUGUCACAGAAACCUUUGCUCUCUGCAUUCUCUCUCACACGCGCACACACAUAAGCAGAAUUUUGUCUCAGGAAAUGGCAGGUUUGAAGAAUAGCCAUCUGUCCCUGCUGCUGUUUCAACUACCUUGGUUGGGCAAAGUUACACAAAGUGUGCCUUUUUCUUUCUAUUUCCAUUUUACUCAGUGACGGCCUUGUGCUUCGGGUGUUUUCUCGAUGCAGGGGGGGGGGGAUUCCACUAAAAAGAGCUGUAGAAUUUAUAAGAGGUGCUGAUGUGUUGUUCCACUCAUGUAUUCAUAUAAUUUCCCCUACACUCUUUAAGACCCUGUAAUAUGCCAAAUGCACAAGCUAUGCAAAAGGAGGGUACCACUUUAUUUUUGGGACAAUGAGCCCAAAGGUUAAUUGAGCCAAAGACCUAUGUUGACCCCCCCCCACACACACACGUGUGAAUUUCUACUGUGUGGAGGAAUUCUACAUAGCAGAUUCAUAUUGUUAAUGCACAAUGCACAAGUGCCCAUGAUUGUACAGUGCCAUAAAGUAUUAAUUGUAUUCUAUAGAGAAGGGCAAAGCCUCUUUAAGUGAAUAUUUCUGAUGCACUUUUUGUAUUUGUGAUCACCUUGUGAGGCUUUUGGUCUCGAGAAAAAAAGCCUUUGAUUUGAGAAUCAUUUCCAAGAUGUUCAUUGUGCUUGUUGGCUUGAUUUCCCUCUUCUUGUCCCACUGGGGUGCAGGUGUGGACGGAUGUGUGCUGUCUAUGCAGUCUGUAUAUGCUCAGGUGUUGUUGGCAAACGUGGCUUCGGUUUUGAGCUGCUGUUGAGCACAUCGCUUUGUAAUCAUUCCAUGGGUGAUGACUGAAGAGGAAGGGAUAACACUGGAUAAUGCCUUAUUGCUGGGGGUAAGUUAUAUUUGAAGGUGUCACUUGUACUUGUAUCAAAUAAGAGUAUGAGAAUCGAGGAUCUAACCUGGGAAAGUUGGGCAGUAAAUUAUAGGGUUGUCUUUUUAAAGAGCAAUUUCCCCUGUUCUCACCAUUGUGCCUUCUUAUAAAGAGCAGUGUAAUCCUUAUGCUGUAAUUGUGCGAGCAAUAAACACAGUGAGACCUGUCUAUGUGAUGAAUGGCAUCAUCUGCCUGCCGAUAUUUAAAUUAAACUUUUGUACAAAGGA